AUGGCGUCGAACGAGGAAUCGUCGUCGUCAUCGGCAACCCCCGACUGGAACGCGCAAUGGUCCAACCUCCAGCGGCAGGUUGCCGGUGUCCAUGCCACGAUACGACGGUGGCGGGGACCACUCUUUGCCGCAUUCCUGGCGUUGGCGUACCGAUAUCCCACCCAUAUCCUACACUACCUGUUCCUACCCUUCUACCGUUCCGUCUUGACGUUGCUGGGGAUUGCCUUGGGCCUCGGGCUCGGUUUGGGCUUGGCCACGCACGUGUACGACCAACUCGAGCACUGGACACAACGCGACGCACAAGCCGAGGCGGACGCGACCCGGAACGGUACGGACCGAGCGAUGCCCCCCGCGCCCUUGGCGUCUCCCACGGGGUUGCGGCACCGCUCCUCACUACACAAAGCCUCACUCUCGUCUCUCAUGGUGGGACUCGAAGACGAACAAACCUACGCCGCCCUCAUGACCGCCGCGGGUUACUACCCCGUCCCGAAUGUACUGCGGGGACAGGUCUUGCGCGUGCGGGGACCGAAUCAAGAAGCACACUCAAAAAAUACUGCGCCCGAUCAGACCGUCUCUCGGUACCAUUACCAGUUUGACCGAGGGACCGUGGCGGUUGAUUUUAUGAACGAUCUCUGGCCAACCUUGCCGACCGCUAUUAAUCAACAAUUGGGACUGUUUGUUGAAUUCAUUGUCCGCGAUUUUGUGGCCUCGUGGUAUCACAAAAUGGAUACCGGGUGUGUGUACCCCGUAUCCGCCAAAACGCACGACACACCCACCAGUGGUGAUCACGGAACGUCCAAGGAUGCUCCCGUCGUGCCGUCCCGUCGUCUCGUCACAAACUUGGGUCCCUUUCAAAAAUUGCCCUUUCUCGAACACUUGUACGAGUCCAUGGCGAUCGUCUUUGGCAACUUGGCAACUCGCGUUGAGCACGUCAACAUUAUGGAAGUUGUGCUCCUGAAAUGGAUACGCGUACUCGCCCAUACCUUUAAAGUAUACCGUGCUUUGCGCAAGUCGGUACACAACAAACGUCUCUCGCACCUUGCGGUAGUCGCUACCAGCCAAGACGGAAAUAACAACAACAAUAACUAUCCAUCCAGUGCAACGGGCACAAAUCACGUAAAGACCGCAUCCACCGCCGCCGUGUCGUCCACGACCCCUGGGCCUCUCCGUCAGCGCCGUGCCAGUGCAGUUUCCUUGCAACAACAGCGAAACGCCACGCCCGUAUCGGAAAUGGCCAUGACCAAGGAAUUCUUGUUUUGUGGUAAACUACACAAGGCUGUGACGUUUGGAUUAGACGUGCCCGCCCUUCUCUUUGCCGACGCAUCGGGCAAAGAAUGUGGCGAUGGUCGUGAUGUGAAGCAUUCAUCAUCGCUACCGCAAGGUAAUAAGGACCAUACGGUCGAGGAAGAUGCCGUACUAGAGCGGCGAUUAUUUGAUACGCGAUUACUGGAAGAAUGCGAAUUGGAUUACAACCGUGUUGUGGGGCACCGAAUGGUCCGGGCCUUGUUACCCCGCCAUGAUUUUGGUUCUACAAUUGUCCAAUCCCUUGUGACUGAAAUCAUGGCUGGCUGUGUGCUGUCACCCAUCAUGGGUUGCUUGUCUCCCGACUAUAUCAAUGGUUGGCUCGUCAGUGGGUUGUCCAAAGCCAAACCUGACGAAGGAACGGAGGACAACGACACGGUUGAGAAAUCAGACAAGCCGGACAACACAGCCGCGGAAGAUCCCGAAGAGCGCGGAUGGGAUCUCGGCUCGGAUGCUGCUGCUGCAGAUAUCAGUGAAUUUGAUGAUUCCAUAAGAUCCGUUUCGCGGUCGGAAACCAUGUCAAACUCAAUGUGGAGUAUCGAUGGUGCGCCCGAACCGCAAGAGAAUGAAUUCCAAGGGAAGGAUCUGUUGUCAGGCAACGAUUCGCCCCUGCAUUCUCCUACCAUGAAAGCACCGGAAGGCACGCCAACGCGGAAUCAAAUGACGGAUACACGAGGGCUCACGCCGGUUCGGGAGCAGAGCCAAGGUCCUCUUCGUGCUUCAGCGUCGCUUGAGAAAAUGCUUGACACAGGGAUCAGCAAUGAUAAAAAUGACACAGAUAUUGUUACGGAACUCGCCAUGGCUCUGAUUGAUAUGCAGCAGCACAUGGACUUCGACGAGAUCCGACAAGCACGGGUAAAUCAGCAAGAAUUGCAAAAGGUACCGUGGGACGAUUCUGCAUGUCAAGCCUCCGUCAUACGUAUGGUACUAGUGAUAGAGGCCGCCUUGACUCAUGGUCGGUGCGCGUAUCGCGUUGAUGAGACUGACAACGGAGGGCACAGUGAGGACGUCGAAGGUUUGGACGACAGCAGCCGACCGGUGGAAGACCCUUUGCCAAACUACGAGCCGGCAACACUCUCGCAAAUCCUCAUGGAAAUGACUAGCGACAUUGAAGCCUUCGAAGAGCGUGUGGCAAUAGAAAAUACCUUGUCAGCGGCAUCUCACUCAUCGGAAAAGUACAAAGACACUCUUGCCAUUCCUUAUAAGCCGUCGCCAACAGAGCAGUCAACCCUGCGGACUUUAAUUGCGGCUUGGCUCCAUACGGGCCAAAUUUACCGGACUAUUACGGUGUUGGUUCAAGCACACGCUACCGUUCUAAUACCAUAUUAUCAUAGCCAAGCAUUUCUGCGCUCAGCAGCAAACGCAGCAGGCUUUGUGCGGCAGUUGAAGUCUUUAAAGGGCGUAGAUAUUUUGGUGGACACAAUGACGGUACUGGCGAGCCCCAGACUGGACGAACUGGGUGGCGAUGAAUUGGCGGUCUUGGUAAAAAGGUCACAAGCCUCGCCAGAUACGGGUAGCUCCCGUCCGAGCCAUACGUUAACUGUCGCUCCCAGCGCGACAUCGACCAUGGUAGCAUCACAGUACAUGGGUCCUACCACAACACCUCGACACGUUGAUUUUCAUCGAAAUGAAGCGUUUGCGGCCAGUCUACGCUCGGAGCGAGAGCGACGAACCCAGUCCUGGUGUUCCUUGUUUCAGCACGAUGAUGAAGACGGGGUACCCAUAAUAUGCCGGAGUAGAGGUACCACGGAGAAGGAUGCAGAAUCACACAGAGAGCUCCAUCAUAUUUCCAGAAUUUUUUACACGAGCACUAAUUUAGCUGUAAUUCGAGAUGCUGCUCGGCGGAAAGCUUCGAACGACUUUGAGAGUAUGUCCCAGUCCGAGGCAUCAGAAAACUCAAGUUCAGUUCCGGUUUCGUUGCUCACGGUAGAGACGGCCAGUCCUAGACGACGGAUUGAGGUUCCUGACGACGAUUCAUCUUUUCUGCUGCGCGCUCAGCCUCGCCCUCUCAAUGCCGUUGGGGUUCACCGAGAUCAGCGAAACCAUGACCAAAGUUUCAAGUGCUUUGCGGCAACGUAUGAAGAGCCGGUCGCUCCCAAGUCUGGCCACUACACCGGCGGCCGUUACAUCCGCCGCUGUUUAGUUCGGUACUACCCUAUCGACAGAACUGCUUGCAUUGCUUUGCAAAAUGAUAACCGUAAGCUGGAUCAAAGGAAAACUCGUGGAACAGUUCCGGACACAAUUACAGUGGGGCAGCCAGCUCGCCCAACGCCGUUCCUUUCUACCGAGUUUUUGCGAGAACGUCAUUUGUGCCAGCGCUGGGCUCCUAAGGGAACAAAUCGGUCCCAGUCUAUUCUGGCGAGCUCAGUAAUGGAACCGACCGAUUUCACAGCAAUGCCCAGAUCUGGGAAAGCUACUGAUUUUAUCUACCGAAUGACCCUUUUCGAAAAGCCGAUGAUUGCCUUGGGCGGAAAGCAUUUUAUUGUACAUGACUCAGCAUCUCUAGGAACGCAUCGAGCUGACGCAAGCGCCUUGGAGAUGAGCGACGCUGCCUUGAGUGCAACCUUGAUGGCCAUCGGUGCCGAGAAUGGUUCGUCAGGUCCGGACUAUUCUGGAUUGCAUCACGAAGUAGAAAUGGGAAAGGACGGAUAUCCGAUUGUUUGGAUGAAAUUUAGCCGCAGCCAAGAUGACACACAGGUCGAAGUCAAACCGUAUCGAGUAUCUUUCGUUCGGGCCGCCUUAAUGGUCACAUCUGCGCGACACGAAGCGCAGCUCCAGAGUCUGAUAAAGUGCGUCCGGGAAGGAUCUGCAAAGAAGGCCACAAAGGCUCUCACUGAUGCACGUCUUCGACCAACACUUCGUCUACUGGAGUAUGCGGGAAACAAAAGCAGAGAAAAGCAGUCAAUUCUACUUAGAGAUUUGAAGCUUGGCGUUAACCAUAUUGAUCGAAUGCAGCUUCGGAGAAACGGUUUGUUACUCCCUCGGUAUCCAACGCGAUUGCUGGAUCUCACAGCUGUAAUUGAGGAUGCUUUGGACGCAAGUGAAGUUCGUAAUGUGGAGUUAUACGGCACGAUGGGUGUGGUGUACAAAAUCAGAUGUACUGCAACGAUUGACCUUCUAACUGACGAAGUCAGCUUCAAUGACAGAGAUGGCUACAAGACUAGCGACGGAACAAUGGGUAGGAUUUUUAAGGAGGACUGGGUUGUUUAUAGAUCGUUCAAGGAAUUUCAAAUAUUUCACAAGCAUUUGAAGAACCAAGUCUCGGCGUUGGAAUCGUCGGGCACAGCUGGAUCGCGCCUAGUGGUUGCUGCCAGUGCGGCUUUCACUACUUCAGCAAGCGCUACUUUUUCGCGUCACCGUCAGCGCAAGGUUUUGAUACCUUCGAUGUCACAGGCCACCAAAGUAGGGGCUCUCGGUAUAACGAAAAAAUCCAUUUUGAAGCGAAAGGAAUGCCUUCACGAGUACCUCGAAAAUAUUCUUUCUCCUGGUCACCUCCUUUCACGAUGCCCCGAGCUUCUCCUGUUUCUCGGAGCCUUCUAUCCCCUGCUACCGGAGGUCCGUAUCGGACAGAUAGUAUCGGGGAUUAUGGAUCCGCUUGGUCGCACUGCUAUGACACGGGCAAUUGUCGAAAGAGAGCCAGACUCAACCAUCACCGAAACGAUAGAAGCGAAAGCUGGGAAAUUGGAAAUUCCCGGUAAAGCGCUUCCGACGCGUAAUCGAUCGAGAACGGCUUCGCAUGGAACGAUAGACGAGGCCGACGAUGAUGACGACUUCUUUGAGGAAGGUGAAACGCUCGAUGGCUCUAGUAGGAAGUCUCGUGGCAACAUUGAGAUGAUUCCUGCGGUUCGGAACAAAGUUGACAAAGUGCCGCUCGCCCAGGUUCGCAGUCGGAUAUUUGAGCUUCUCCGCUAUCAAUUCGGUUUCGAAAACGCGUCCUUUGUGCGCAAUCGAAUGCUCGCAGCGAUUAAAACCGCAUCCCUUGCAGUGACCAGUGCUUCCGAGUUCAGACGUACGCUGUAUAAUCUCCACGUAACGCACGUGAAUUCCGAAUCUCUGGCUGGCUGGAUCAAAUUUACCUCAGAUUUGCUGUGGCCGGAGGGUGUUUUCUUUCAGUCGAAACCACCCCUUACGGAAGAAGAACGAGACACUCAAGCACGUAAAUCGAGGAAUGCACUGCACGAGUCCUUUCCAGAGGCAUUGAGAGCAGUAUUGGGUCAAGAGUUGACCCACGAUGGGCUCGACAUAUUCCACGAGAUGCUGCAGAACCGUAUCGUCGUGAAGAGUAUGGCCUAUAUGCUGUUCGAUCUUUUGUGGAUCGAGGUUUUCCCCGAAAUUGGUGAUGUUCUGCAGUGUGGAGCCGCAUUAGACAUAGAGGAUUGACAAAAUUAGGAACCACUAGAUUGC